AGGCAGUACCUUUGUCAAGUCAAGUUUAUUCGUAUAGUGCUUUUAACAAUAAACAUUGUCGCAAAGCAGCUUUACACAAUUUGAACGACUUAAAAUAUGAGCUGAUUUUAUCCCUAAUUUAAAUUAGAUUAGAUUAGAUUCACUUUAUUCAUCCCACAUCAGGGAAAUUCACGUGUUACAGUAGCAAGAAAAUGUCAAACAGAUAACAAAUAAAACUGAAAUAAAAAUUAGACAAACGAAGGAUUAAAUACAGAGGGCUAUUUGCAUUAUCUACCGUGAAAAAGUAUAGAAAAAUUGCCUUGUUGAGAGGCUCAGAAAAAUUGCACAUUACAGGUAGACUCUGUAUAUAUAUACACACAUAUACAUAAAUAAUAUAAGUAUGCAUAAAAAUAGUUGGGGGCGGCACGGUGGUGUAGUGGUUAGCGCUGUCGCCUCACAGCAAGAAGGUCCAGGUUCGAGCCCCGUGGCCGGCGAGGGCCUUUCUGUGCGGAGUUUGCAUGUUCUCCCAGUGUCCGCGUGGGUUUCCUCCGGGUGUUCCGGUUUCCCCCACAGUCCAAAGACAUGCAGGUUAGGUUAACUGGUGACUCUAAAUUGACCGUAGGUGUGAUUGUGAGUGUGAAUGGUUGUCUGUGUCUAUGUGUCAGCCCUGUGAUGACCUGGCGACUUGUCCAGGGUGUACCCCGCCUUUCGCCCGUAGUCAGCUGGGAUAGACUCCAGCUUGCCUGCGACCCUGUAGAAGGAUAAAGCGGCUAGAGAUAAUGAGAUGAGAUGAGAGGUAGACUCUGUAUAUAUAUACACACAUAUACAUAAAUAAUAUAAGUAUGCAUAAAAAUAGUUGGGGGCGGCACGGUGGUGUAGUGGUUAGCGCUGUCGCCUCACAGCAAGAAGGUCCAGGUUCGAGCCCCGUGGCCGGCGAGGGCCUUUCUGUGCGGAGUUUGCAUGUUCUCCCAGUGUCCGCGUGGGUUUCCUCCGGGUGUUCCGGUUUCCCCCACAGUCCAAAGACAUGCAGGUUAGGUUAACUGGUGACUCUAAAUUGACCGUAGGUGUGAAUGGUUGCCUGUGUCUAUGUGUCAGCCCUGUGAUGACCUGGCGACUUGUCCAGGGUGUACCCCGCCUUUCGCCCGUAGUCAGCUGGGAUAGGCUCCAGCUUGCCUGCGACCCUGUAGAACAGGAUAAAGCGGCUAGAGAUAACGAGAUGAGAUGAAUUACUAAUCUAUCCCCAAUGAGCAAGCCUGUGGCGACGGUGGCAAGGAAAAACUCCCUCAGACGACAUGAGGAAGAAACCUCGAGAGGAACCAGGCUCAAAAGGGAACCCAUCCUCAUUUGGGCAACAACAGACAACAUGACUAUAACAUUAACAGUUUUAACAUGAAGUCAGUUUUGUUGAUGUUCUAAACUCUUCAUUGAUGGAAACCUGAGUGCAAAACUGUUUGCUCACUUGAAUCUGCAUUCAUGUCCUUUUCACUCAGACUGAAACAGUAUCAGCUCUUUAACAUCAUAUUACACUACCUUCUCCUUCUUCUCCUCCCACACCCACGACGUAGCACACUAGUGUAAAUAUCCCACUGGUUCUACAGCAGUGGACCUUCACCUACUUGCUGCAGUUCACCUCACCAGAUUUUCAGCUGUGCUUUCCAAGCCCCCAGAAGCGUUUGCAUCGUUCAGAGCACGCAGCACAGCUCCUGCAGCUGCAGAUUGCUGGAGGAUCAGGAGAGAGUGGGCUGCCGUGCUGUAGCUGUGUCCCGAUUGCCUCGCAUCAGUAGCUUCAGAGUGCUGCAGCAGUGUGGACCCCUCCUCGGCUUCUCAGCACCGCCUCUGCACAACCCAAGAGCAUCAUGUCGCUGUACCCGUCUCAGGUUAAGGCGUUCAAAAGCAGCGAACCCAAAACCCUCGGGGCAGUGCAGAUCAUCAUUGGCUUGCUGACAGUCAUUCUCAGCACAAUUGUGUAUAAACUGCACUAUCACAUCCAGCGGGAGGUCAUCAUCCUCAUCCUGAAUGGUGCUCAACUCAUUAUCACUGGCAUUGUCUUGGUGGCUGCUGGUAGGAGGCCAUCUAAAUGUCUGGUGGGUACAACCAUUGUUUUGCAGUUGUUAACUUCAGCAUUUGAUAUUGUCGGAUUUGGUCUCAUAGCCCGACAUGUACCCUUUCAUGGAGAAUCCUACUAUUACAGAGACACUGAGUGGUGUUGUGACCCACUCCAUUCAGUGUGGUCUUGCUGUGGAGAAGGAGAUAAAGGGGGACAUAAGGAGUUCCUGGUGAAUGGCAUUUUGGGCACCUUGAUUGGCUCUUUGGUAUUGGUGUGUAUUAUCGGUUUGGUCAUGGCCUUUUUCGGAGUGUAUGCCCUAUCUGUCAGUGCUAUUAAGGAUUUGACACCUAUUCCUAACUCCACUGCAAAAACACAGUAUGGUGCUGGAGGACAGGCCAGGACUAAUGUGCGUAACGGGAACUGACAGAACAAAUGUCUCACGGUUUUAAGGUCAACGGUUUUAGCACAGUUUCAUACCAAUCAAAAGAACCAGUUGUUUCACCACUAAAUAGUACACACUUUAAAAAAAUGUUCAUGACAAUGUAAAUAAUUUGGGCAAAUGUUAGCUCCUGUUACUUGGCUGUUUUCUCACUCGGCAAUGCAUUUUGAUGGCUAAAUAGUUGCUAGGACUUCAUUCAUUUUGUACUAAUAGACAAGUUUGUUUGCAUGAAAACGCUUAUGUAGUAUCUGUAAUGAGCAAGCCAUAGACGUGAAUGCUGUAAGAUUGUUUAGACUUGUAGGUAGCAAAAUCUUUUUUUAAUAUGCUAACCACUGUUCAGCUAAGACAGAUUAUUACAGUAUUUGCAAAAUCCAUGGUUGUCUUGGACUACAAUUGCUUUAAAAACAAUUGUAUUGAAGAUGUAUAAUAUAGUGUAUUACAGUAUUAAUGCAAGUCUGUGCUGGGGUGCUGUAGAACAUCAUUGCAUGAAACAUCAGUCAAAUGAUAAGGCUAGUAAUGAGGGGAAGUACUGAACAACAUUUAUUAAGCUUUUCCAAAAAAAAAGAUAUGUGUUCAAGGAACACGAUGCCCCUCCCGACAACAUUUCUGUAGGCGGUCAUGCAGCCAUCAUGAAUCAGUUACCUAGAUUUUUCUAUGAUUUUUUUUCUGGAAGUUUAAUCACAUUCUCUGUCAAAAAGCUUAUUAUGGCAUUCAAAGAAAAAAAAAAAGCAGAUCAGUCUGCUGACCUGUCAUAGUUCUUUGUCAUUUUCACUGUAGAAAGCAUGGAAGCGACAGAGGAGGCCAAAGACAGGAGGCCAAUCUAUACUGUCAAUUUAUUGGACAACAUAUGCCAUUAGCCUUAUAAUUACACAUAGUGUCAAUGAGAUCCAGAGCAUUACAUUACGAUGCAGAGCAUACACAAUGUAAGAGGAAUAUCGAGUGUUUCAUAUUUCAAGUUUUUCAAGGCAUUUUUGGCAUUUCAGCAGAAAUAAUCCCAACAUGUUAAACGAGAAAACGAAUGGAAUACAUUCUCAGAGAAAUCCAGCCCAUUCAGCCACUGCCAUGGCGGCUGCAUAGAUACCCGUUUAAUUAAAUAAAAGUCACUUUUCUCGUAUGAAAUGUUGACAGAUUGUAUCCAAACUGUAGCCAGGUCGAGAAAAGGGCAUCCCCAAUAUAUUUCUGCCCAUUAAUGCUCGCCCCACGCCUUAGUAUUUCCUGGACUUUGAUGACAAGAAUGGUCACGAAUCCACGCAAGUGAAUCUCAAUAUAAAUGAGUGGUGACGAAGACCGAUUGAUGGAAUAAAAGUCAGUUUUCUGAUAUUAGAUGAUGACAGUUUGUUGCCAAACUGUUGCCAGGUCGAGAAAAGGGCAUUCCGAAUAUAUCUGCACCCAUUAAUGUGCAUCCCACACCUUAAUAUUUCCUGGAGUUUGGUGACAAGCAUUUUUGAAAGUAAAUACAUAUAAGAGCCCCCAUGGGGGGCCUCUAAAAAGAACUAGGCCCAAAAGAAUCUAUCUAGCCAACUCAAAGAAAAAAACCCUUAAGAUUACACACAAGCUAUAUAUAAUGAACACUAAUAAUGCCAAUGUAUUUGUAAGAAUAUUUGGAUUUACAUGUUUAGUCACCCAGAGUUGACAGAUUUUACAAAAGAAUGAAAGCUUGAUAAAUAUUGCCCAAUGUAUAUAUGAAAGGGAAGAUGUUUCUAAUGAGUGAGAAUUGUGUCAAGAUCAUGGAAGUGUUAACAAAUGACUGGCAUUGCUUGGCUUUUUUGUCAUCCUGUUUUAUAUUUACUGAUACUUCAGGAAAGCUAUGAUGACUGCCAACUCUGUAAGUGCCACCACUUGUGACCAAAAUUAAUGGACACUAACAACAAAAAGUAAGAGGUUGAAGCCUCUCUCAAGGGCUCAGCCGGUGUAAUCUCCUCUUGUGGAAGCACGUUAUCAGUUCACAGUACUGUUUGUGUCAGUGUGUCAUUGCCUUUACAACAGCAUGUCAGAUUUACAUUUUGCCUGUAUUCUUCGACUUCUUUAUAUGUAGUGAUGACAAAUCAUAGACAGUUUCACGCGUGUUUAUGGAU